GUCUAAUUUGGACAACUUCCUCACUUGCGCAGUAGCAAGCAUGGUUUUGUUUGGAGAGGAAAGGAUUUCAACCAACACAUUAAGAAUUUAAAUAAAUAGCCUGUAUGAAGGUAAAUAUAUUAGCUAUAUAUUUGCAGUGGCACAACAAUUACUAACCCACCUGCGAGGCAGUCGACAAUUUCACUAGUGUCAGGACCUUAAAAAGAUGCCUCUCUUUGGAAACACAUUUAGUCCGAAGAAGACCCCACCUCGCAAAUCUGCAUCUCUGUCCAGCCUUCACACGUUGGAUCGUUCAACAAGAGAAAUAGAGUUGGGCAUUGAGUAUGGACCUCCCGUGAUGAACAUUGGCGGACAGAGCUGGAAAUUUGAAGACGGACAGUGGAUAACAGAAUCGAGUGGGAAUGGGUCUGGUAGAGAAUUGCAGCGGCUUAAGAAAAGAAAUGUACAGCUGGAGGAAGAGAACAACCUCCUGAAACUAAAGAUUGAUAUUCUCUUGGACAUGUUGACAGAGACUACCGUUGAGUACCACCUGAUGGAGAAAGAAGUGGAAGAUAUAAAAAAUCAACAUCGAAGGAAGAAAUGACAAAUCUGAUCUGAUGCAUCAUAGGAAAUGUAUUUAAUUCAGAGUUUGACGUUUGUUGAUGAAAAGAAAUAUUAUUUUGUUAUUUGCUACUAAGAACAGACAUACAAAAAAGUGGUUGUCAUUUUUCUUGUGGGUCCCUGCUUGGACUUGGCUUGAAAAGCAAGUACAACUGAAUCAGAUUGAGUGACUAGUUUUUUUUUUUUUUUUUUUUUUUCAGUCGAUUUGUUUAACUAUGUCACCAUAAAUCUGAAACAACUGUGUAUUUUCA